UUCUUUGCGUGGCUGUCUCUUCCUUCACAGGUGACCUACUGCAGCUCCGAGUGCCGUCAGGCCGCCUGGAAUCAAUACCAUCAGGUUCUCUGCCUGGGACCCUCCAGACAGGACCCCGAUCAUCCGCUCAACAAACUGCAGGAAGCUUGGAGGAACAUCCACUAUCCCCCGGAGACUUCGAGCAUUAUGUUGAUGGCCAGGAUGGUGGCAACCGUCAAGCAGGCGAAAGACAAAGAGCGGUGGAUCAAGCUUUUUUCUCAGUUCUGCAAUAAAACCGCCAACGAGGAAGAAGAGAUCAUUCACAAGUUGCUGGGAGACAAAUUUAAGGGCCAGCUCGAAGUCCUGCGGAUGCUUUUCACGGAGGCCCUUUACGAUGACCAUCUCAGCAAGUGGUUUUCUCCUGAAGGCUUCCGGUCUUUGUUCGCCCUGGUUGGGACCAACGGACAAGGCAUAGGGACGAGUUCUCUGAGCCAGUGGGUCCGUGCCUGCGACGCUCUCGAGCUCCCCACUCAAGAACGGGAACAGUUGGACGCUUUCAUCGAUCAGCUGUACAAGGACAUCGAGAAAGAGACAGGGGACUUCCUGAACUGCGAAGGCUCCGGCCUCUACGUGCUCCAGAGUUGCUGCAACCACAGCUGUCUUCCCAACGCCGAGGCCUCCUUCCCGGAUAACAAUUUUGUCCUGCAUUUGACGGCAGUGGAUGAUAUCCACCAGGGAGAGGAGAUCUGCAUCAGCUACCUAGACUGUUGCCAGAGAGAACGGAGCCGACACAGCCGGUGCAAAAUCCUACAGGAAAACUACUUAUUCAUCUGCUCCUGCCCCAAGUGCCUGGCUCAAGCCGAAGAUCCUGACGUAACCUCGGAGGAGGAAGAGGAGGAAGAAGCCGAAGGGGAGGCAGACGGAGCCGAGCUGGAAGACGAGAUGACCGACGUUUGAUCUGGGCUCCGGGAUGGGGAGGGGUGAAGGGGGGGACACACCUCUAGAGCCCUGGGCUGUGGUGGGAACAGCAUCCUGGUCAGAUGGUGGCUUAGGAGGACGUGGGUUGUGGGGGAUAUAUGGUGGCCAGGGAGGGACCCAAAGCAACCUCUGUAUUCAUUCUCAUGACACGGUGCCCAGCAAGGAAUGAAUGGGCAUGGGUGCCCUCUGCCCCCCCCCAACCUGGUGGGCAACAAACCAGUAUUCACCUUCUGGCGCCCUAACCAAGUUUGCAUCUAGCCGGUGAGACAGUAUUUGCCUUAAGGACGUGAGAAUCCAAUCCCAGCUCCGAUCCGCAGCUCUUGGCCCUUCCCAGGGAAGAGAAGCAGGAAGAGAAACCUGGUUUUGUGUCCAGCUGGUCCUCGACUUAUGACAACCAUUGACCACCAUUUUGUGUCCAGCUGGUCUUCGACUUACGACCACCAUUGACCCCCCCUUAAUUUCUGUCGUUCAGCGAGACAUUUGCCAAGUAGAGUUCGGGCCCGUUUGGGUGCCCCUUCUUGCCUUGCUCCGUCGUUAAGUGAAUCACUGCCCAUUGAUAAGUCAGUCUCCCAGGGGUUGUUAAGCGAAUCCGGCUUCCCCCUUGUCAGAAGGUCACAAAACGGGACCACAAUGGGACGUAGCAAUAGGUCAUAACUGCAAAACACGGUCUUAAGUCAAUUUUCAGGGCCACGGUCACUUCAGUCACUAAACGAAGUGGUCGUAAAUCGAAGAUGACCUAUAUCUCUCCUCUCUCUGCUCCACCGGUGGUCUCCAGCUAUGCAAAACCACCUCGGCCUGAAAAUAUCGGGGGUGCAUUUCAAGAUGACAGCUGGGCUGGGUGUUUUGGGGGAGACCCACAGGCCUGGCCCCAAAAUCCCACAGGGUACACACGCCCCACUCCCCCAAGCAGGUUGAGUUGACUCCAGGCAUUGGUUCUAGACCAACAACCUCCAAAAUCCAGAAUCCGAACCCAGUACCUGAGUUUGCUUAGCCUGCUGUGACGUGUUCGACGUCCCUCCAUUUCCCGAUAGUCCAUUUCAGACGUCUGACCGUCAUAAAUCCUUGUUUUAGUCUUGUCUGCUGUCCUGACCUGGGAUUGAGAGAAUGAUGGUUUGCUGUUGGAAGGCCCUUUUCGUCCGUUCACGCUCCUUCCAACGAAUUUUGUAAUUCUAUGCAAAUCUCUCCGCCUCCUUCAAUACACAAAAGAUUUGCUUCA